AUGGGCGCAAAGAAGAAGAGGUGUUGUGUGUCCGGGUGCUCUGCUUAUGCCGUGUCAGGUGAUGGAAAGACAGUUUUUCACUUCCCGCCUGACAUGCGCAGGCGCCGCAAGUGGCUGAAAGUCAUAGGGAACAUUGAUCUUUUACUCACAGCUGACUCGACAUUAUCAUCAUCUCGAUUUGUAUGCCCUGCACAUUUUGAGAACAACAUGUUCUGGGACAAAUUCCAUCAGAGGUUGCAGAGGCAUGCUGUUCCAACUAAAUUUGGUCCAAACCAUCAGGAACUGUCAGAGAGCCAGAUGGUAGCUUGGGACAGUAGGCAUGGAAUAGCAACUCCAUUUAUUUUCUCGGCAACCUCUGACCAGUCCUUUGAAGACACAUCAGCAGCCUCCAUAACAGUGGACAAGGUGACAGAGAAUCCCGAGCAGACCUCAAUAAGGAGCCAUUUUGGAAGUUCUUCUGCCUCACCAGGUGGGUUCCCAAGUUUUAGCCUGCACUUCUACUAUAAAAAGGCCAUUCUCCCAGUUCUACCAGUUCAUUUUAAAUUAAAUGUGCACAUUUAUCAGCUGUAA